AUGGGCCGGUCAACGAUUCCUCCCGCGCUCAGCGAGCUCGCGAAUCCGAGCACGCCCGAGGCACAGCUCGCCGCGCUCCAGAAUCUGAAGAAUGAGAUUGUCGGCCACGAGCAGAGGAAGGAAUUGGCAGUGACACAUGGUGUUGUGAAACCACUGGCGGGCUUGCUACGGGCGGAAGCUAGGAAGGGUGGGAAGAGGAGGAGAAACGUCACCAAUGGACACAGCUCUGGGCUCUUCAAUGAGUCCAGAAAGAGCGCCGAGGAGUGGACGACUGAGGAUGAGUUGAGGUUCCAGGCCACGCUCGUUGCCGGUAGCCUUGCGAAUGGGGGACCAGCAUUCGUCGCUCCGCUUCUGGCAGGUCACGUACUACCUCCCCUGCUUGAAGCGCUACGACCCAGCGAGACACCUUCAAAACUCGUUACCACGACCCUCAAGACCCUCAACCAGAUCGUCGAUGCAGUCAACCAAGAAAAGCCCUGGCUCGACCACUCCGAAUCAUCCUCCCGAUCGUCUCUCGCCUUUACCGUCAACGAAUCGAUAUACACCAGGCCUGUCAUUGACAGCUUGGCCGAGAUACUGGCGCAACCGACAGGCACGAUGAAGGCCUACCAACAGAUUGACUCGACGAUCCGGCUCAUCACGAAGACGUGCGUAGAAGAUAAUCAGAAGAAGAUGCUAGUAGAUGCGGGAGUACUGGAUCUCCUCGCUGACAAACUUGCUGCUGUCGCCGCCAUGGACGAUCGUAUCCCCGCAACCGAGUGGAGGCAUUCCAAUGGUCAGGCAACAACAACAGGAGGUGACGGCUCGAACAGUGUUCAGAAAUCGCCUUUGACGCCGAUAGAUCGGAUUCGUUUGUCAGACAUUAUGGAAGCCAUUUCGGUCAUCAUUAAGGACUCGCAUUACUAUACCGCACGCUUCCUGUAUUCACACUCAAUACAGCAGCUUUUUGGGUGGCCAAAGGAGCGGAAUGUAUCAGAUGGAAGUACACAAGCGGCAUCGUGGGAUAAGCUAAUACCACGGGUACAGACGAUGGCGAGCAAAUCAGAUCCGUACAUCAAACAAUGGCCGGCGCUUGGUGCCUAUGGCUCUGUCACCGGGGACAACUAUUCUCGACUACCGAGUAUGGACUCGCUGCAGCAGAACUCAAGUCGGAGUGUGAUCACUGACGAAUCCGAGUCACCGCUCUUCAUAUGGCUUAUAUACGUCGCCCGCCGCGGUGAAGGCCGAGAACGUCUAUCUGCUUGUGGCAUGCUAGCACUGCUGAAGAAAUUCGGCGAGCGUUGGCCUUUGAACGACCCUUCCAAGACAUCACGAGAGCGUCACUUCUCGUAUCUCAUCAUCCCUCUCGUUGAGAAGAUGAUUGAAGAUUCAAGUCCGACAUCAGAGCAAGCGAAAAGAGCUAAUACUCUAAGCCCUGCUUCAAGAGAUGAGAUGCGAUUCAUGUUGGAACGCUCGCCAGUUGUACUUGCGGAGCUGAUUGCAGGAAAUAAGACUCUUCAAACAGCGGCCGUCCAUAAUCGAACCCUACCGACCCUUAUUCAGAUCCUCAAGAAGUCGUUCGAUGUGCCGGCUACAUCUUCAAAGCCUCUCUGGCAACCACGAUCGUUAUCUCACGAAGUGAAAGACCCAGAUAUUGACCCUGCAUCUUCCACACUGGGCAGACCUGGACUAAGCGCCGAUGUAUUGCACGCGUUCAGGUAUCGAGAGAGUGUGCUACUGGCUCUGGCGGCGAUAGCAGGAGACCAAGAUGCGUUGAGAAAGAUGGUCAUUGAGAUGGGCGCUGCAACGCACAUCAUCGAAGCCUUGGUUCCUUACCGUGAAAGCAACGAGCAGGGCGCGUCUUCUUCAGCGAAGGACGGCAACCCAGAUUCGGUGCUCAUUGCUGCGUGUAAAGUCAUACGGUCGCUUUCCAGGUCUGUCAGUGUGCUGAGGACCAGCUUGAUCGAUCACGGAGUUGCACAGCCGAUCUUCGAGCUCUUAACGCAUCCGAACGUCAAAGUGCAGAUUGCUGCUACGGAGGUCAUCACCAACUUGGUGCUUGAUGUGUCACCUAUGCGAACUGAGAUCGUCGAGUCUGGAGUACUGGGAACGCUCUGCGAACAAUGUAGAUCCGCAAACUUCGACCUUCGUUUCGGUAGCCUUUGGGCGCUCAAGCACUUGUGCCUAGGCUUACCACAUGCCAUGAAGAUACAAUGCCUUGAGGAGCUCGGUGUUGGCUGGCUCGUACAAGUACUCAAUGGAGAACCAUCCAAGCCAGCUAUGGGCACACCCAACGCAGCAGGAGAGCAAGUCGAUAUCCUCAAUGCGGUUGACGAGCCCCAUAUGGAUGUGGACGAAGAGCCGUCAUCCGAAGAGGAUGAUGACGCCAUGACCGAAAGUAUACCGUCUAUGCGACGGCAUCAACGUCCUGGUUCACGGUAUACAAGUGCAACUAACAUUCGCGAUCGGUUACAACAGAUCAAGAACGACGAACAGGACAACAGGCUUAACGGCGAGCGCGACGAUAUCCGUAUACAAGAACAAGCGUUGGACUUCAUCCGGAACUUUGUUUCAGAAGACAAAGCUUCCGGUGAGAUGAUCGACCACCUGCUCAAGACCUUUGGCCACAGUCGGUUCUUCGAAAUUCUCGAUGCUAAGAUCCGGCCGAAGAUGAUGUCACAAGCUCAACCCAGUGCUACAGCCCCAAGCUACUGGCCAAGCACUAGCCACCGCACACCCUUUUCCUCUUCCACAAACACCCCGGCACAGCCAAAUUGGGCGACCUAUCCCGCCCCCGAACUCAUUCUGGCCGCAGUGUAUAUUCUUGUCCAUCUCGCCAAUGGUCGGCCUCAGCACCGCUCUCUUCUCAUCUCGCAGACCACUCUCAUGCAGCAUGUUCUUCAGCUUUUCACUCACCCUCGUCGCGACAUCCGCGUCGCAUUGUCCUGGAUGCUGCAUAAUCUGGUGUGGAUAGAAGAUCAUACCGAUGAAGCCGCUACGCGUGAACGUGCCAUCACCCUUCGCCAACUGGGCUUCGAGGAAGGCGCUAAGCAGCUGGGUCGCGAUGCAGACAACGACGUACAGCAACGUGCAAUAGUAAGUAUUGAGCAGUUCGACAAGCUACUCAACGGUGGUAGUGGUAAUCGUCGGAGCGGUGGCUUUGGUAGCCCUGGAGGUUUCGGUGGUGGAGACAGCGGCGGUGGCCUUUUAAGCGGGCACAUUGAUCGCAAGACACCACUGUUGAAUACUAUGGCGGCGUACUCUGAACAGGUCAUAUUCUGUACCGGGAAGGAAGACUGGGUCAGCAACAUCGAGCAGGAGGAGGGCGAGACCGGGGAGUUUGUAAAAGGGCUCAAAGGUGUGAUUGGAAAAGGCGGUCCUGGGUUUGAUCCAUUCACGAAUGUCCUCAUUACUGCUUCCUCAUUGCCGAAGAGUGAUAAGGCAGGCGCGACAACGGCAUUGCUAUUCCCGAGCUUCAAACGCAUACCGGAUAUCCCGCAUACUCCCGAAGCCUUCUCCAACUUCGCGACAGCAUACCUAAAGGCUCGGAAUCUCCAUUCCAUGCACGAUGGUCUCUCCGCUGAGCAAAAGUCUCAUCUCCUUCGCGACGAGUCGAAAGCGACCGAACUGCCAAAGGCGGAAAAUAUCACCAAACCCACGAUCUUGAUAUGCGGGCACGGCGGCCGUGAUCAGCGCUGCGGUAUACUCGGGCCAUUGCUACAAUCCUCGUUUCGCUCUGAAUUUCAGCGGAGGGGUAUAGAUGCGGAUGUAGGCUUGAUAAGUCAUAUUGGUGGGCACAAGUAUGCUGGCAAUGUCAUCAUCUACCUACCUCCCAAUAUGGAAGGUAAUGCAUUGAAGGGCUCGGGUAUCUGUAGAGAGCAUCAAAAGGCUGAUUGGAAGAAACAUAAGCGUAUUUGCGAAGACCUGAAGUUCGCGAAAGAGUACUUGGAGGAAACCUGCCAGGCUUGGAAGCUCCUUGACGAGGAAGAAAACGGAACAUCAAGCACCUCGACGUCUACCCCCAACACGGCUCCAGCGCAGCAAAAGAACAAGAAAACUGAACCGAGUAAGGGAAAACAGCAAUCUGGGCCCAGUCAGCCAAGUAUCAGCGCCUCGUCGAGCAAGCAGAGCCAGGGAAAAGACAAAGCUAAGAGCACAGCGCAACCCAAACCAGGAAUUCGCACCGUACGUAUGCACUGUACGCCUCUAAGCUUCCAAGAAGUAAAGCCCUGGGACUUUUACUGCGAGAUUCCCGCAUCUCUCAUUAUUCCCCCAGAGAUGCACUCGAGCCCACCCCCAACAUACGAACGCGAGUUCGGAGAAGCCAUGCCUCCAAUCAUCGCAGCACACCAGAACGAGUUCAACACAAGGAGUGGUCCAAAAUGCUUAGUCUGCAAAGAAGCCCCGACAAGAUACGGAAAGACUUUCUGCGUCUCCCAACUCCACACGCCCCAACCGUUUGUUGUCAUUGGCAUCGUGCCAACUUGCGGUACGAAGAAAUGUGUAGAAGGGGCUAGCGAACUUAUGAAAGUCUUCAGAGCGGAGCAAAUGAAGUACGACGCAGAGCACGCCUGCAAGGCCAUGUUCGAAGUGUGGGAUUAA